AUGGAAUGCGACCAGGAGGUAGUUCAAACCAUUAUGGACUCAAGAGCUCCCUCCACCAGGGCACUUUAUGCUAACAGGAGCCCAGCGGAGGAACCCCCACGGGCUGUCAAGGUUCCCUUAUGGGACCUACCUCUGGUACUUGGAGCCCUCCGUCUCCCCCCGUUUGAGCCCUUGGACCAGGCGCCACUGAAAUGGCUGUCGGCGAAGGUGGCCUUUCUUCUGGCGAUCGUGUCAGCCAAGCGUGUGAGCGAGCUUCAUGCGUUGUCAUCUGAUGGCCUGUUUGUCUGCUACGGGGGCCCGAGGAAGGGGCAAGCGCUGUCCAGACAGAGGCUUUCGAAGUGGGUGGUGGAGGUAAUUGAGGAGGCAUACAAGUCAAGAGGACUGCCUUUGCCUCUUAAGAUCAGAGGCCAUUCCACCAGGAGUGUCUCCACCUCCUGGGCAGCACUACGAGGAGUGCCUCUAGCUGCCUCCAUGUCUUGGUUGCCCUGGUUCUUCACUCCGUGGUCCCCCUCAGCUCUCUCCCUGCUGCUUCUCAGUGUAGUGGACAGACAGACAGGGCUUCAGGUGGUUCAGGCGAUAUUGUGCUCUCGGUUGGGAGAGCCGAUCAACAAGAGCCUCUCCCAGGAUGGAGAUCAAGCUGCACUGUCACUGGUGGGAGGAGACGCACACAGCUGCAACUACCCCUUAACACCCUCUACGCCUGGUUCUGCAGCUUAUGAACAACCUGGAGAGACAGCAGCAGUGGGUCAGCCUGUUCCUUUGCUCAUUGGUACUGCCUCGUCAACAACAACCAUACUUCUGUCCAGGGUCCUGGGGCCUCUCUCUGUGCCGCUUAUCAGCUACCUGGCAAGCUGCCCUUGUCUGAGCGACAGGCUUAACUUUCCUAAUGUCUUCAGAACAAUCCCCAGUGAUAUUUACCAAGCCCGAGCCAUGGCACGACUGGCCAUUCGCUUCCGCUGGACUUGGAUGGGAGCUGUAGUUCAAAACAAGGAUUAUGGUAACCUCGCAAUACAGGCCUUUCAGGAAGAGACCCAGGGGAAAGGGAUAUGUUUGGAAUUCAUAGAGACUGUUCUUCAAGAAACUAUUGUGAGUGAUGCCAGUCGUGUAGCCCUCACAAUUCAAGCUUCGACUGCCAGGGUGAUUCUGGUCUUUUCCUGGUAUACAGAGAUUAAGGAAGUGUUUCUGGAACUGGCCAAGAUAAAUGUGACUGACAGACAGUUUCUGGCCAGUGAGGCUUGGAGCACCAGUGAUGAUAUUCUAAAAGAUCUUGACAUCUCUAAAGUGGCAAGUGGUGUUCUGGGUGUGGCCAUUCGAAGUUCAACAAUACCCGGAUUUGAAAAUUAUCUCAGAAGUUUGCACCCCAUGCGUCGUCCUGAUGAUGAAUUUUUACGAGAAUUCUGGGAAAAGGAGUUUGGAUGCAGGCUUGGAGCUACACAAUCACACGAGACAUCGCUCUCUCCUGCUGAGGGGUCCUCUCAGAAAGCUUCUCUGCCACUCUGCAGAGGAACAGAGUCCCUGGAGGGAGUGCAGAAUCACUUCACUGAUAUUUCCCAGCUGAGGGUGGCAAAUAAUGUCUACCUUGCUGUUUAUGCUGCAGCCCAUGCCCUUCACAGCCUCCUGUCCUGCCCUGAUAAAGAAAGCUCACCUGGAUACAACAGCUCCACCUGCUCGUCUCCAAAACACAUCAAACCCAUAGAGCUGUUGCAGCACUUGAACAAAGUGAACGUCACCACACCACAAGGGGAAAUGUUUUAUUUCCAAGGUGCCGACAUUCCAGCAAAGUACGACCUUGUCAACUGGCAGAACACCCCUGAUGGGUCACUCAAACUUGUUUUGAUUGGUCGUGUGGACGGGUCUGACCUCCACCUUAAUGAAUCAGCCAUUCAGUGGAGCACAGGAUCCAAUCAGGUGCCUGUUUCAGUGUGCAGAGAGAGCUGUCCCCCAGGUACCAGAAAGGCCAAUAGGAAAGGAGAACCGCUCUGCUGCUUUGACUGUAUCCCAUGUGCUGAAGGGGAGAUUAGCAAUCAAACUAAUUCUUUACACUGUGAGCGUUGUCCAUCUGAGUUUUGGUCCAAUGCUAAGGGAACUGCCUGCAUCCCUCGCCAGCUGGACUUCCUUUCCUUUAAUGAAACUUUGGGCAUCACCCUGACUACAGCAGCUGUGUCUGGUGCCGCGGUGACAACAGCUGUGUUCGUGAUGUUUCUCUACUACCGUCAAACACCAGUGGUGCGGGCAAAUAAUUCAGAACUGAGCUUCCUGCUCCUCCUGUCUUUGAAGCUGUGCUUCAUGUGCUCACUGGUGUUCAUUGGUCGUCCAUCAGUCUGGUCUUGUCGGUUCCAACAGGCAGCUUUUGGGAUCAGCUUUGUACUUUGUGUUUCUUGCCUGCUGGUCAAAACCGUAGUAGUUCUGGCAGCUUUCCGCUCAGCUCGGCCUGGUGCUGGAUCCUUGAUGAAAUGGUUUGGUCCAGGCCAACAGAGAGGAAGUGUCUGCCUCUUUACAUCUAUACAGAUCAUCAUCUGUGCAACAUGGCUGUCCCUCAGCCCCCCUGUGCCUCAACGUGAUCUGGGUUUCCAAGGGUCAAAGGUCACAUUGGAGUGUGCCAUGGACUCUGUGAUCGGCUUCUCUCUGGUCCUGGGUUACAUUGGUCUGCUGGCCUGCACCAGUCUCCUCCUGGCCUUUCUUGCUCGGAAACUCCCUGACAACUUCAAUGAGGCCAAACUGAUCACCUUCAGCAUGCUGAUAUUCUGUGCUGUCUGGGUGGCCUUUGUCCCUGCUUACAUUAGCUCUUCUGGGAAGUAUGUUGUUGCUGUGGAGAUUUUUGCAAUCCUGGCUUCUAGCUAUGGUUUACUGCUCUGCAUUUUUGCACCCAAAUGUUUCAUAAUUCUCUUGAGGCCUGAGAAAAACACAAAGAAACACUUGAUGGCAAG